GCGUGCACGUGCGGCGCUCAUCAAUGUCACAGACACACGCACUCGCAGACGCGUGGAGAACCUCGCGUGUGGAUUAUUUAACAUUCUCUUUUUUAUAUGAAUAUACAGUCACACAGAAUGAUCGCGGCGCGUUGCUUUGCGUCUUACGCGCGUCACGGGAUGACGUUCAGAGCGUCACGUUUUCAGAACAAGAUCUUGACACACACACCUACAUUAACAACACACAACUACACAACUACAGAAAACAUCACAACAGUUCGACAGGCAUCUGCUGAGCAUCUUCAAACACGCAACAGACACAUCCUGUGUGUGUUGUGUAGGGUCUGUGGAGAAGUUUGAUGUCAGUAUGGUAGUGUCAGUCCUCAGACAGGAGAACGCCACAGACGUGUGUGUGAUCAGAGCCCCAGCUGAGCUCAAAUACACAGAUCACGUGAUCGUCGUGACUGGAUCAUCUCCACGACAUCUCACGGCCAUGGCAGAGUUUCUGAUCAAAGUGUUUAAAUUUCUGCGGAGGGACGACGACGCUCACGUUCGGCUGGAGGGACGGGACUGUGAUGACUGGAAGUGCAUUGACUUUGGACCUCUGGUGAUUCACCUCAUGCUGCAGGAGUGCAGAGAAACAUACGAGCUGGAGAAACUCUGGACGCUGCGCUCGUACGAUGAGCAGCUCGCUCGGAUCCCGCAGGAGAAACUCCCCACAGACUUCAUUUAUGAUAUGAACACAAUCCAGACCAGUGUGUGAUCAAAUAAAAGCUUUUGUGAGGAA